UUUUUUAGAUGAAUCGUGAACCUGCAAUCAACGAUACUUGUUAUGUUAAAAUUGUCCGUGUCCAAUCUCUCCAAUAUAUUUGCGGAUAUAUUGGAAGUCUUGAAGAUUUGGCAGAAAUAAACAAAAAACUACAUCAAAUUGAUCAAGCUGCCCGAAAAUUGGUUGCAAUCGACUUCUUCGAAGAUAAAAAAAAACCGCAUGUUUUUGCUUUGUACAAAGGAAAUUUCUACCGCGGAACGAUCGUGGAAAAAUUUGAACCUAGUUUCUUCAAUGUGAAAUUACCAGAUCUGGGAUUGUUUGUUCGGUUACAUAGUAGCCAUAUGGUCAAUGAUCCAGACCCUCUCUCGGUAAAGGAUUUCUACCCUAUUUGUUAUUUCACUCAGAGUUGCUACAGGAAAUCGAUCGGAUCGUCGCCUGCAAAACAGUCUCAAUUUAAAGAUAUGCUGAAUUAUUUAGUUUCAGAGGGACUCCCACCUGUACCAUGUCUUGUCGAAAGUAAGUCUAAAGACAUUUUCACUUUGAGAAUGUGUGUUUACGAAAAAUCUGAUUCAAAUUACACACCACGUCACAGGUUUUUUGACGUAUUGAAUACAAUUCCAAAGGAUGAAUCAAUAAGUCGCCAUUUAAAUGAUGGAUUCUUGUUUGUCCAUCCGAGAAUCAAAAGCAAAACGGAGCCAAGUAACGCAUUUUCUCAUUACACAAAGUCAGUAGCGUCGGCAAUCGUCCAAAAUCAUCCGCAGCUGCAACCACGAGCGAAGAAUAUCAACAACUACCCAAGUAUCGAUUCCAGACAGCUUCACGAUGUCAAUAACAACGUGAAUGAAAUAAAAGAUGACAAUUUUACGUUCAGCGUGGGAAAAAACUUACAAAUCGAAGUAAAAAAUAAUCAUUACUACUCGUACCGAACUGUCAAAGAUACUCCUCGCGACUCGCAAAAUGAUGUGCCUUGCAGCUCAAAAUCCAAUAAAAAAUUGCCUCCUGACCAGCAAGAAGCAAACCACUGCAUUGCAGUAGCUGAAAAGGAUUAUAAAGCAGAUUCAACAGGAGCAGGGCCAAGUUUUCGAGCAGGGUUCAAGAAAGUCGAGGAGAUGGCGUCCACCUUGGGAAUCUCUGACAGUCUGAUGCUGUUCUACGAUAAUGAUCUAAAUGACGAAGUUAUCUUUAGUUUCGAUAAUUCUGACUUCUUAUUUGACAUCCUGCAAUCGCACGGUGUCUCUCAAGACAAUUUGUCAUGGAUUCUGGACUAUGUUUCUAACGUUAAUUUAUCUCUGACUUCGCCUGGACAUUUGGAGGAUUUGCAAAAUGACCAUCAAAAUACAGCUAUUGAGGCUGUUUAAUUAACAGAAAUACUGCAAUAAAUUUGGAAAUAAACUAUAGUUUUAGUCAUCAGUUUUUCUUUCUCUUAUUACUUGCUUAAAAUUUGUUGAAGUAAAUUUUUUCUCUGAAAUUUGAUUGACGCUUGUCUGUAAUUUUUUGAUUUGAUUUGUGCUCAUCAGCUUAAUUCUCUUCGAAGUUCAUUUUUUUUGCAGCCAAUACAAACCAAUUUUAUUGGAACCAAUUUUAUUGCCGUACAAAAUAAAAUAAUCUUUUCUGCCUGUAGAUUUUUCUGCUCUAAGUUUCUGAAUUU